CUUUUCUGACUUUCAUUUUAAUUAUAACAUCAAUCCAGAGCAGAGCUCAAGAUUUAUUCAUUAUUUCUGUAAUUAUUUAUAUGUUGUAAAGACUAUAAAAAUUAGUUUUAUUCUAAUUUAAUUAAUAUAUAUUUUAAAAUAAUGAUAAGUCGAAAGCUACUGGUUUUUGUAGUUAUAAUUAAUUUCAAUUUAGCCCUUAGCACCUGUCCCUCGAAGUUCUUUGACUGCGGGAACGACCGAUGCAUCGCUCAGUUCUGGAGGUGUGAUGGCGAAGACGAUUGUGGCAAUUGGGCCGAUGAACAGUCGUGUCAUAACUUAGAGUUGAAGUCAUUGCCGGUCAAAGAGUGUGCCGUAAACCACACCCGUUGUAACGAUACUCACGACACGUGUGUUCCCAACAAAUGGCUUUGCGAUGGAAUCGAGGACUGCGCUAACGGUGCCGAUGAGAAGAACUGUACGGCCGAACAGGUGGACUGUUCCGGCUUUUUGUGUCAGAACUACGAAUGCAUUCCUUCGCGCUGGAGAUGUGACGGUAUCCCUGAUUGCGAUGACAUGUCUGAUGAGCACAAGUGUCCGAAGGAAACAAAGAACGAAAUCUGCGAUAAAGAGCACGGAUUUUAUCAAUGCCUGACCGGGGAAUGCAUUUCACACUACAGGGUAUGUGAUAAUCAUAAGGACUGUCCGCAGGGCGAUGACGAGGGCACUGAAUGCAAGCCACAGGGCUGUCAUACGAAGAAUUGCUCGCAAUUAUGUUUUGUGGCUCCGGAAGGCGCGCAAUGCUAUUGUCGUUCAGGGUAUGAGUUGGGGAAAGACGAGAAGACAUGUAUUGACCAAAAUGAAUGCGAAUUAAACAAAGAGAAGGGUCUCUGCAGUCAAACCUGUAUUAAUCUGGACGGCGGCUACAAAUGCAGUUGUCUUAACAAUUAUAUUCUGGUGAACAACAGGAGUUGUGUUGCCGAAGAGGGCGAACCACUUCUCAUGUUCUCCAACAGUGACGGCAUUCGUGGGCUAUGGCUUCACACCAAUAGGUAUUUCCCGGUCUAUCACUCGUUGACCCAAACUGUAGGAAUCGACUUCUUUGGGGCCCAAAACCGUGUCUAUUGGGUUGAUCUGGAUAAAACACAUUCCGGUGUCUAUUCAGUCGGUCUGUUCGGUGAUGAAUUCAAACCCGUGUUGACUAAGGGUCUCAUAAGUCCUGAAGAUUUAGCCAUUGAUUGGGUCGCCGAAAAUAUUUACAUCACAGACGCAGAGCUUAAUAAAAUAGUUGUUUGCGAUCUGAAUGCCGACAAAGAAUUGUGUGCAUCGGAUCUGUUCGGACAGUUAGACCUUCCGCGAGGUAUUGUCGUCGACCCGUUGAAGGGACGCCUGUUUUGGACGGAAUGGGGCCGAACUCCGGGACUCUUCUCGGCAGGAAUGGAUGGAUCGAAUAAAAAGCAUUUAAUUGCCGACCAAAUCGUGUGGCCCAACGGUUUGGCAUUGGAUUCAGUGUCGGACAGACUUUAUUGGUCUGAAGCCAAAUACGGAAGAAUAGAAUUUUUAGAUUUAGAGACCAAUCAGCGAAAGAUUGUACUUCAAGACAAAGUUUUUCAUCCGUUUUCAUUGUCUAUCUUCGAGGACACUCUCUAUUGGAGCGAUUGGAUCACCUAUUCGUUGGAUAUGAGCAACAAAUUCACGGGACAUAACCAGACGACUCUUAUCCGAGAAAUGAACGAACAUAUAAUGGGUGUUCAUGUGUACCAUCCUCUGACCCAACCUCUAGCGCACAACCCCUGCUGUUCCAAGUGUUCCCAUAUGUGUCUGUUGGCCCCCAACCAUCAGUAUUCAUGUGUCUGUCCCGACCAUCUGGUGCUCAGCAAAGACCAUAAGAACUGCGAAGAGCCGACACAUGAAUACAUAGAACUGGAGAAUAUGACGACUACUGAAAGUAUUUCAUCGAAUUCUACCGCAAGAGAUGUCACUUCAGAAGUCACAAGACGUCCGCUGAUCCAAACGUUUAACAGUGAGGCCGAGACUGACACUAAUAGCCAGAAGGGUUGGAUCACAUUAUUUGUUGCCGUUUUGAUUGUCGCUAUAAUUGUACUCUUGAUUACUAUUAUUAUCAAAAGAGACGAUUACAGAGAAGUACGAAAUGUAUUGUUCAGUCGCGGCGAUCAAUGGAAAAGUGCUAUCAGUUUCCAAAACCCGAUGUUUAAGAAAGCCUUCCGUCGAGAGACCGACGAAGAAGAGCCGUUAACCGAUGACACCAGGAUCCUCAGUGUCUGUCCCCCGAAGUUCUUUGACUGCGGAAACACCAGAUGUAUCGCUCAGGUGUGGAGAUGUAAUGGUAAAAACGAUUGUGGCAAUUGGGCCGAUGAACAGUCGUGUCAUAACUUAGAGACUAAUUCAUUGGCAGUCAAAGAGUGUGCCGUAAACCACACCCGUUGUAACGAUACUCACGACACAUGUGUUCCCAACAAAUGGCUUUGCGAUGGAAUCGAGGACUGCGCUAACGGUGCCGAUGAGAAGAACUGUACGGCCGAACACAUCCAAUGUCCCGGCUUUUUGUGUCAAACCAAUGAAUGCAUUCCUUCGCGCUGGAGAUGUGACGGUAUCUCUGAUUGCGAUGACAUGUCUGAUGAACACAACUGUCCAAAGGAAACAAAAAAACAAAUCUGCGAUAAAGAGCACGGAUUUUAUCAAUGCCUGACCGGGAAAUGCAUUUCACACUACAGGGUAUGUGAUAAUCAUAAGGACUGUCCGCAGGGCGACGACGAGGGCACUGAAUGCAAGCCACAGGGAUGUCAUACCAAGAAUUGCUCGCAAUUAUGUUUUGUGGCUCUGGAAGGCCCGCAAUGCUAUUGUCGUGAAGGCUAUGAGUUGGGGAAAGACGAGAAGACAUUGCUCAGCAUAUGUCCCUCGAAGUUGUUUGACUGCGGGAGCGACCGAUGUAUCCCUCAGUUCUGGAGGUGUGAUGGCGAAGACGAUUGUGGCAAUUGGGCCGAUGAACAGUCGUGUCAUAACAAGGAGUCAAAGAAAAUAGUCGUCAAAGACUGUGCCGUAAACCACACCCGUUGUGGCGAUACUCACGACACGUGUAUUCCCAACAAAUUGCUUUGCGAUGGAAUCAAUGACUGCUCUAAUGGUGCGGAUGAGAUGAACUGUACCACCAAACAGACCAACACUACCACUACUUAUCUGAUGAGUUAA